ACAAGCCAAGUAUUGCAACAUCUCGUUCCACCCGACCACCACCUUCAACUGCCUCAAGAUCUCAACUCCUUUCCAUUUCUUAACCGACGCAACAAUGAAAUUCUCCAUCGUCUUUGCCGCCCUCGCAACUUUGGCGUUUGCAGCCCCCGGUCCCUCCAUGGAGGGAGAGGGCUUGGAGAGAAGACAGAGAUCAUGCACAAUCAAUGCCCCGGUUUGCAACACCUGCGCAGAGGGCUGCCGCUGUAUCUCUACUUCUCCCACUGUUUGCGGAUGCGUAAGUGAAUGCUAUUUUAUCCCGAAGGAGUCUUAAGCUGUUGAUUGCUAGAGAUUUGGACGCUAACUGGUAUGAAUUUUGCUACACAGUUCUGCCGGUGAGAUGGCGGCUCGCAUUGCCUACAGCCCAAGGAUAGAAGGGCGCGUGAGAAGCAAUUGGAAUCAUGGGGAACUUUGUGUCUCUAUAUUGCAGAAUGUUUCGUCAAAAGAAUAUCAACUCGCAAUCCUCUGACCA